AUGUCGAAGAAGAAGCGGCGGGACGCGCUCGCGCACGUCAUCCGUUCGCGCAGCCCUCGACUGACUCCUUCGUUCGGAAGCGCCGAGGUUUUAACAAUCUCAUCAAGUCGUCUCAAUCGGAUACGAUCGAAGGUACGAUCGAGGGUGCCACUCCAGGAGCCGCCGAGGGACAUGUCAGCAACGCCGGCGCGCGUCGCGAUCGCGUCGAGGAGUGUCAUCGCGCCCCGCGCGUCACGCCCGCCGCAUCGCCCCGCGUCUCACGCCCGCGUCCGCCGCGCGCGCCCCGUCGUCCCCGUCGUCGUCCCCCGCGCGGGGCUCGAGGACACCUCCGACGCGUCGUCGUCCGUCCGAUCUCCCGCCGAGGAGGGCGAACCCACCGUCACCGGCCCUUUCCCCGUCGACCUCUCGACGCUCACCGCCGACGAGCGCGCGUGGCUCGACGCCCGCGACGAGCUGCGCGUCCUGGUCCUCGGAAAGACGGGCGUCGGUAAGUCGUCCCUCGUCAACGCCAUUGCAAACGCGAACUCAGCCAUCGGGCGCCUAGACGUCGGCACCACCCAGGUGCAGCGCGUCGAGAAUACCAUCGAACACGACGACGAAUCCCACGACGUGUGCCUCUUCGACACCCCGGGGUUCUUCGACGUCGAGGGCAGGACCCCGGCGGGGGUUUUACGCGAGCUCGGCGGCAAGGUGGACGACUACCACGCCAUCGUCUACGCGCACGUCGCGACUGAUCGGAGGCUUCGGCUGGAGGAUGAGCAGAGCGUCUCGUUCAUCGUCCGCGCGUUGGGCGCGCGGUGCGUCAGCCGCGUCGUCGUCGCGCUCACGUUCGCAAACGAGAUCGCGGGAGACGACGGCACCGCGGACGAAGUCCUGGCCACGCGGGGCGCGCAGGCGUCGGGUCUCUUCGCCGACGCCGCCGCGCGCGUCGAGGGCGCGUCGUCCGUCGAGGGCGCGUCGUCCGUCGAGGGUGCCGUGUGGGUGCCGUGCGGGAGCGCGAACGACGACGGCCGCCACCGGGGAUGGGAGGGCGACCUGUGGCGCGCGGUGAUCAGACGCGCCAAGGCGGCGGCGGAUGCGAACGCCGCCGGCUCUCCGCCCGCGCCUUUCGACGAGUCGUACGAUUGUACAGCCGCGGAGUUGGAGAUUGACUGGGACGGGCUCGCGGCGUCAGGAAUCUCCCUCCAGGGCGCCCCGCCCAAACGCCCGCCGCCGCCGCUGGAACUCGUCAGGGCGUACGUCUCCCUCGCGCUCGGCGAGUACGUCAGUAACGACGGGCGAAAAGAGCGGAGCGCGUUUGCGGUGAAGCAGCGGGGGAUGCCGUCGGGAUUCGCCGCGACGGUGGUGCUCGAGGUGUACGGCCCGCUGGAUCCCGAGCGCCGGGGGAACGGAGCGACGACGAACGCGAUAUACAUGCUGAUGCCCGGCACCGCCGCGGACACGGUGAUGAAGGUGCGGAUGGGUUCGGUGGAGGACGACGAGCUGCCGUCGCCGGCGGCGCUGCGAAGGGGUGGCGCGGAGGUGACGGUUGGAGGGUUGAGCGUCAACGGGUCCGGGCCCGUCACGCUGCGUUUGGACCGUAACGACGGAUCGUUCGUGGGUGGGACGACGCGGGUGAGCGCGGGGGGUAUCGUGGAGAUCGAUCCGGAGACGGGCGACGCGGUGGUGAUGGCGCGAAAGACGCCGGACACGAAGGAGGAGCCCGGGUGA